ACUUCCGGUAUCCUCGCCGACAUGGCGCAGCCGCAAAUAGUCUCUUGGAAUUUACUCUUCACGUGUGAGGCACAUUUUUAACAUUAAACAUUUGCCGAAUUCAGAAGAUGACUUCCCAGGAGGUACGCCUCUGCGGGCUUCUUCUUCGGGAACACUUUGGAGAAGUUGUGGAGAAAGUGGGCACACAGCUGCUUCGAGGUGAAGCGCAAAAUCUGAGGAACAUCCUUCAAGAAACUGGCGUCUCUCUGGACUUGGUGAAAAAGUCGCUGUGCGUGCUGGUGCAACACGGAACUUGUAUGUUCAGCACUGGCCGCAAAGGUCUCGGCAGGCCCAGCGAGUAUCGUGCCAGCUGCCAUCUCAUCCUGAGGAUCCUGCGCUACCCGCGCUACAUCUACACCGCCAAGACGCUCUAUGGCGACACCGGCGAGCUCAUCGUCGAGGAAAUGCUGCAGAGGGGUCGCGUGACCAUGAGCGACAUCGUUAAAGUGGUCGCCGAUCGCCUCACACAGACCAUGGAGGAGGGCCAGAGUAUGGAUUACAAGGAAGUGUCGUCUGCCUUCUCCAAACUGGUGGAGACUCAUUUCCUUCAACGCUGCCCUCGAGCGGCAAGCAAGGGUGCCGCGGAUACGCCGGAAGCUCCCGUUAGAGCAGAGCCGCCGGCUCCCGAGAGUUUCGCCGACUGCUAUUCGGUGCCGCAAGUGACGUUGGUAGGCCGAGGAAAGAGGCAGUUGGAGGAUGCCGAGGAGCAAAGCGUCGCAAAGAAGGCCAGGAUGGACUCUGAGACUCACGGCGACGAGGGCAUUUACUGGCAAGUGAACUUUGAGCGGUUCCAUCUGCACUUUCGAGAUCAGGCCAUCGUCAGCGCCGUGGCCAAUAAGCUGGACCAGACAGGCGGUGAGAUCGUAAGGACCAUGCUGAGGAUGAGCGAGGUGACCACCCCCCCCGACGCAGCCUGCACCAAGCCCCUCUCGGCCAACGAGAUCUUCAGAUCGUUGCCGGCCGCCUACACCGUCCCCAGACAAGUGCUGGACCAGUACCUCACUUUGUUGGUGGACGACCCGAUGGAGUUUGUGGGCAAAGCUGGUGAGAGCGGAGGUGGGCUGUACGUUGUCAAUUUGCACCGAGUCCUUUCCAAUCUCGCGCGGGCCACGUUGGAGUCUGUCGUGCAGGAGAGAUUCGGAUCUCGAUCGGCGCGCAUCUUCCGCCUGUUGCUGAAGAAGAAACACCUGGAACAGAAGCAGGUGGAGGAUUUUGCCAUGAUUCCUGCCAAGGAGGCCAAAGACAUGCUCUACACACUUCUGUCUCAGAACCUGGUCCAGCUGCAGGAAAUCCCCAAGACUCCAGACUUUGCGCCGUCUCGCACUUUUUAUCUUUACACCGUCAACCAGCUCUCAACUGCCAGGAUGCUGCUUCAGAACUGCUACAAGACCGUGGCAAACCUCAUCCACAGACGUCUGUUUGAGACAUCCAACAACAAGCGACUGCUGGAGAAGUCUCAGCGCAUCGAGGCCAUCCUGGCAUCUUUGCAGGCCGGCGGGGCCGAAGCGGAACAGCUGACGGAGGUGGAGGAGAUGAUCACGGCUCCCGAAAAGCAGCAGCUGGACUCGCUGCGGCUUCACAUUAACAAGUUGGAUUCAGCGGAGAACCAAGUGGAUGAAACCAUCUUCCUGCUGGAAACUUACAUCAACACCACCACCGCCGCCUCCUCCUCAAAAUGAUCAGAUUGUAUUCACAAACUGUGUCCAAACAUCAAUCAGGCUUUUAUAGUUUAUUGGAGCUAAUUGCCCUUUUUUUGUCCGGUUCGACACCAAUCGUUGUCCAGUAGAACCUGUUUUUUUUCUCCCUUUUAAAAUGAAUGCUUCAUCUCAUGUAUCACCAAUAUUAGUUUUCUAUUCCCACAUUUGGCAGAGUAAAAUUUGUUUGGGAAAAAAAAUCAUGAAUACAAGUCCUUCCAUGUGUACAAUAAAGACAUGAAAUACAGGCAGAACAUCUGACUGAUUUACAGCAAUCUGUCGUUUGUUUAACUUUACAAGAGAGAGAAAAAAGCUUAUUUCUUGUUAUAUUGCAUUGUGUAAUAAAUAAAUGGGCUGAUUUUUGCCCUUUUCAAAACAG